CCUUUUCCACCGCACUACCAGAGUCGACACGCCCGAGUCAAGCGAGUUCCCGACGAAAGCCAUCACUUUUCCUCAUUUCGUUUUCAAUCUCUCUCUCUCUCUAGAACUGGAAAUUGUUCAGAAUUCACUCUCUCUCUAGAACCAAAUCAAUUCAUUCAGAUCCCCAAAAUCCCUAAGAAUCGAAAAUUUCGAAACCCUAGAAAAACCAAUUCAUAUCAGAUUCAGAUCCCAAACCUUUGAUCUGAAUUUGAAAGCUCUCAAUGUCGUGCUUAGCCCUCUCUCUUCAACCCGCCAAUGGCUCCGACAUCCUUCUCCAGACCCGAGAGUGGUUCCCUCCGGCACGAGCCCUUGUCGCACUCUCCGCCUUUCGCCAGACUCGUCUCGCUUUCGGCUCCAGCAAGAACAACAGCAGCAACAACCAGUCUCAGUUCACCGAUUCCGAUCCCUCCGUUGAUUCCAUAGGCGAUGAUCCACUCGCAGCUUCCAGUGGCCAGCUCAUCGUCGGAGUCGAGAGUCGGUAUCGAGUCGUGUACAGACUCGUCAACAGCAUCUAUGUUCUCGGAAUAACUACGGCCGAUCACGACAACGCAAUCAACGUCUUCGAAUGCAUCCACGUGGUGAACCAAGCCGUGAGCGUGAUUGUCACCGCCUGCCGCGGCGUCGACGUAACGCCUGAGAAGCUAGGAAGAAAGUACGCCGAGAUCUACAUGGCGUUGGACAUUGUUCUCAGGGGAGUUAGCAAUAUCCGACUCGCGGCCAUGCUCGCUUCGUUGCACGGCGAUAGCAUUGCGAAGAUGGUACAUUCGGCGCUCGAUUCUGAGAACAAGAUCCGCGGUGCUGAUAAUUGGACCAGUGUGGAGGUGAAUUCCGUUAAACACUCGGCGAACAUUGAGGUAUUUUCCCACGCUUCGUUUGAAAUGCCGCCGGAGACUAUUGCUGCCGGAGACGAGAUCGCUGCUACUAUCGCUCCGGCGUUACCGACUGAGCAGUUGCAAGAUCAGAAGGAGGAGAUAGAGGAGAUUGAAGCUGAAAAGGAUCCUUUUGCUGCUAGUGAUAAGAUUAACGAACCGGCGGAGCUUGUUGGGGGUUUCAAGAAGAACAGAGACCCUUCUGCUACUGAUUUGACUAAAGCUUUAGCUGGGCUUGAGGUAACUACGUUGCCUCCUGCGGAGGCAACACAAUCGACUCAUAUUGCUGUUGAAGGGUUUGAAGGUGAGUAUGGUGGAAUUGAGUUUGGGAAUGAACAAGCUUCUCUUGGUGAAACUUUUGAAGGGUUUAGUGAUGCUUGGGGUGGAGGAUUGGAUCCAUCGGAAUUUGUUGGACCAACUAAAGGUCCUAAGACACAAGGUCUUGGAGGACUCGAAUUGCUUCAGACUGGUCCUGAUAAUGCUCCUAAAGUGGAUAAUGCUGCAGCCACCGGGGGUACAGGUACGCCUCUUGAUGAACUUGUUAAGUCUACUGAAAUGAAAGGACCAGAGAUGUAUAUAUCUGAACAGAUUAAUGUUGAGUUUAGAGAAUCAUUACUUGCUAGAGUAGGAUUAAUGGGUACUGUCUAUUUGAAAACUUUGCCUACUAAAACAUCUGGUGAUAAAGAAACUGAAUUUUCAUUCCGAGUUGAGGGCACAACGGCUGUUAAGAGAUUUGUUAUUCAGAGUUCUCGUGUUAGUAGUUUAGGCAAUGGAAUGUUCCAUGUUAGGACUGCCGCUUCGGAUGAACCUUUGCCGGUUUUGAAGUAUAGUUUGGUUCCUAGAUUAACACCAUUGCCUCUGAGGAUUCGUCUUAUAAAACGUUUUACUGGAACCUUGCUAUCUCUGAUGAUUCAGUAUGUAUCGAACCCUGAGUUGCCGGUGCCAUUGAAUGAUGUCACAUUUGUUUUGAAACUACCGGUAGACCCUUCAUUGUUGCAAGUUUCGCCUAAAGCAAUGCUUAAUAGGUCUGAGAAAGAAUUGAAAUGGCAUAUUGCUGAGAUUCCACAAAAGGGAUCUCCUGGUAGGUUGAGAGCAAGGAUGCCUGUGGAUUUAAAUGAUGGUGACGAAGAGAUGGAUAUCGUUGUUUAUGUGAAAUUCUCUAUACAAGGAAAGCAAUCGCUUUCCGGGGUUUGUCUACGGCCUGCCACUGAGGGGAAGACUGACUUCUAUGAGGGUAAUCACAGGUUUGAAAAUGGAGUAUAUAUGUGCAAUUGAUUCAUUAUGAACUAUGAUUGUUUCUUUCAUUGUAGAUUUUUCAUGUUUGUUCUUAUUUUUCAUUGAGGGAAUUUUGCAAUAUGAUUUGUUUGUUGCAUUCUCUUUAAUAUUGAGGUUGUAAGAAAAGGUAUUCGAUUAAGUGUAAGCCUUUUUUGUUUGUACUAACUCUUGUUCUACAUAUUCUUUUUCCUUUAUAUAUUUUUAUUGAAUUGAGAACUCUAUACCUCACUAGGGAGAAUUGGGGUCUUCUAGAAAA